AUGGGCUUUGCUGCAGGGGGGAGAGUGAGAGGUGUAGGAGGGAAUGAGAGUUGCACUGUUGCUGUUGUUGCUGCUGUUGUUGUUGCUGUUGAUAGUCACUUGGACUCUCCUCUCUAUUUUUUCACUAAACGCAAACUAAAAUCUCCGAAAAUCACAGACACAGAAAAAUCAUAUCAAGCGGAAUCGAAGAAGGAAUUCGUGGAAUUCUUGCUUGCUCAUACAGAGAUGAAUACUAUGCUGAAGAAAAGGCUUGUCGUCACUGUCUAUGCACUCUUGGCUAGUAUACCUGCUCUCGUCUUUGGCUAUUACUUGGCAGCAAUUUGUGCAACGGCUUAUGCUCCGGAAGAGGUUAAAAGAUCUGCUUGGAAAUAUGCUCGGGCACAAGAAAUCAACUGGAUGAUAUUUCUUGAAUGUGGAGCUGCUUUUUGUGGUGUUAUUUCAUUACAUGAUAUUUAUCAUAAUAACGGGCCGUUAGUGUUAAUUUCAUCUACUGGUUUGCUAUUCAUUUUCUACGUUCCAACUUUGUGGAUCUCCUUGGUAAAUUAUUUUCCCGAUGAAACGCCUUGGCAAUCCCCGGGAUUAGUUCUUCUUGGAAUUGCGGGAGCGUUAUCCCUAAUAUUUUUGACAGUUUACAUCUCAGAAAUUUCUCCUUCUACCAUAAGAGGUGCCCUUGUUAGUACCGUUUUCUUACAGAUUGCAGGAGGCCAAAUAGUUUAUCAUCUUCUCAGUCUUCUAAGCUCCUCGACCACUCGGGAAAUCCAGUCGUGGCAAUGGAUGCUUGCUAUAAUUCUACCUAUAAUUCAUGUUACUGUAACCAUAUCAGGUGUACUUCCUGAAUCUCCUAGGUGGCUCUAUCGAAAGAUGACCCUGAGUUUAACAAGUAGCUCUCAUUUUCUUGAUCCAUAUCCUCAGGGCCACAUACAACAAGCGAAGGAAUCAUUAGAGUUGAUACGGUCUUCUUGUGAAGUUUUCAAAGAAGUGAAAGCUAUGGAGGUAUCCUUAGGGGAGGAGGUUGAAGCAGCCGAAAGACAACAAGAAAAAGAAAAAGAGUUGAAGUUUCUGGAUAGGCUAACUAUUAUUUGGUACAAGGUUCCUUUUGAGAGAAUCAUCGUUGGUUUUGGUUCAAUUGUGGCUCAGCAAUUUGUGGGUAUAAGCAUGAUCAUGCAUUACAGCUACACCAUAUUUCUCUUGACGACUAACCUAUGCAAUACUAGUAAAACAGAAAAUGGCAAUGCAGAGAUUGCCUCUUCAAAAAUCCCUCUCAUCACAUCAUCUCUUGUUUUAGUUGGUACGUUAAUCUGUACCACUUUAGUUGAUCGUCUUGGGAGGAGAAGACUUCUUCUUGUUAGCAUAUGUGGAAUAAUAUCAUCUCUCGGGUUAUUAUCUUGUUUGUUUUAUACUGGGAGCAAUAGUGUUGGAAACAUAAUAUUUCCUUUUUUGAACAGCAAUCUAAGAAAUGAGAAUCGAGAAUUUUGGUACGAUAUUGGUGAAGAAAGAGCAUCUGGUAUGGGAUUAUUAGCAUUGACGGCUUUAGCGAUGUAUAUAGUCUUCUAUUCAUUAGGUAUUGGAACAAUUCCUUGGAUAAUAAACUCAGAGAUAUAUCCAAUUAAAUAUAGAACAAUUUGUUUGGUAAUGAUCAAUGUUGUUUACUGGUGCUCGAAGAUAAUAGUGCAAGAUUUCUUUUUCGACAGCUUGGGGUGCUAUCUUUCUGUUGCAGAGAUGCUCUUGAUGUUGUUGUUGUUUUCAGUAGGAGUGGGUCUUUUUAUUUACAUCUACAUUCCAGAGACCAAAGGGUUGCAGCUUGAAGAGGUGGAAAAGGUAUUGAUGCGGGAAAAAUAUAUUAAAAUGAAUGAUUAUCACCUGGAAGAUGAAGAUACGGAGUUGCAUAAAGAACUCAGGGCUGUUCUUAUUGCUACCUAG